GAACUUUGGUUUAAUGCGUGACGACUGCAUGAUGUACCGAAAAUUGGAAUGGAUAUUUUAUAGGAAGAAAAUGACAUACGAAAACAAUUCAUGAUAUGAAAUAGCUCGACCAAAACAUUGAGAGUUACUUUUCGCCAUUAUGGAGCGGAAAUCGCUCAUUUGCUACUUGAUGCUGAUGUCCAUUUUGAAACAUAUUGAUUGCAAAAUGGAUAUCAAGUAUGAAGGGAGGAAAUACGUAUCUGAAGGUUCUCCGAUCUUCAUCUCCUGUUUGAAGACAGCCUACGGGGUGCCAAAGUGGUCGAAGAAUGGCGUGAACAUUAAUCCUCUGGAGUCAGACUUUUCAGUAAUUGAGGAAACCUUACCUGACAGUUUCGUGCAUAUGGAACUUCGAACCAAUAAUGCAAGUUGGCAACAUAGGGGAAUAUAUAAAUGUGAUCCUCAAAGCGUUUCAUCAUAUCCCAUUGAAAUAGUGAUUUCCAAAGAGACUGACGAAGUGAUGAGAAAGCAAUCAAAAGUUCAGUUACGGGUCAACAGAACUUUAAAAAUGGUUUGUGAUCUGGAGGAACAAGCAAGUUUUCCUAUAAACUGGUAUAAGGACGGAUCAAGGGUAUUGGUGGAAGAUGACAGAAUUCGAAUGGAAGGUGGGGUACUUUGGAUAGAUAGGGCAACCAAAGAGGAUGCUGGAGAGUACCUAUGCAUCAUCGAAAGUUCUGGCGGAUCUUAUCCUAUUGCAGAUUACCUAGGAGGUCGCACCAAGGUUACAUAUCCGGCAGAAGUGAAAUAUUUUCCGAAGCAAAUUCGUCCCAUUUUUCUUAGAAAUUUCAGCCUAGAGUGCGAAGUCCGCGGCUUCCCUGUACCUCGGAUCUCAUGGUUUGUAGAUAAUAAUCCCGCAGACGAUUUUGCAAUGAAAGAUGACAGAUACGAAGUGAGAGAAAACAAUGAUGGUUUACCGAACUCCGUUUUCUUCAUCAAAGACGUGCAGUACGGAGACAACCACAAAAUCACGUGCUCAGCUGAAAAUAUGGAGGGAUCAGCCGCCACUUCUACCAUGUUAGCCGUGAGAGCAAAUAAAUUAAGUACAAAUGAAGAAGAGCCUGGAGAAGGUAUUUUAAUAACAGUUGGAAAAGAUCUAACAUUGCAGUGUAAUAAUACAGAUGACCUUUCUGCAAAAGUUGAAUGGUUUAAAAAUGGUGCAGUUUUAAACCGGACUGAUAGUCGUAUUCAUAUUGAAGGGAAUACACUUAUAAUCAGUAAUGCUAUAGAAAAUGAUUGUGGUAAUUAUACUUGCUCCUCUGGAGGUUCAGAAGUUAUCAUUGCUGUAAAAGCUAAAGUAAUACUUAAACCUAUGGAUGCUUCUCGGAAUGUAGAUCAAAACAGAAAUAUAGUUUUACUGUGCAAUGUUACUCAAGGAACUCCUCUUCCUACUAUCAAGUGGCUUAAAGGCUCUGAUCCUCUCAACAUGUCAGACCCAAGAGUAACUGUGAAAUCUGAUGUUAGAGGAAUAGAAGGAACUGAAGUAGUUAUUUCUGAUGCACGAUUCGAUGAUCGAGCAGAAUAUACUUGUACUGCAUCAAAUGAAGUCAAUUCUGUUAACUCUACUAUUUUAAUCAGAGUAAAAGAUAAGUAUGCAGCAUUGUGGCCUUUCUUGGGAAUUUGUGCUGAAGUUGCCAUUUUGUGCACUAUCAUCUUUAUCUACGAGAAACGAAGGCAGAAACCAGAUUUUGAUGAAUCUGAAACUGACCAUAACACUGAGAACAAAAGUAUUCCAGAUCAAGAAGAUAAAGGCCGUGAUGUUAGACAGCGUAAAUAAAUGCCUUUCUUUUAGGCCUAUGUCUAGUUUUUACAUUUUUACCUGUGUAAAAAUGACUACACAUACCUUACUGUAUAUGCUUAGAACUAUUAAUUUUUAUAUAUCUUAGAAAUGUUAUUUAAACUCUUGGACAAACUAAAACAUUUUUGGAGUUUUUGAAUUUUAAUCAUUUCUGCCUUGAAGAUCAUUUAACAUUUCUCUAAGGCUUAACAAAAAAAAAACAUUGAAUUUUGUUCUUUACCUUUUUUUUUUAAAAGCAAAAAACCCUGUGUUCAUACUUGUCAUUUGAUGCAUCGAAAGUUUUCUAGUGGAUGUAAUAUUUUCAAUUUUUAUUUUAAACUUCAUUUUUAAUAAUGUCUUCUGAUUAUAAUGUUUGCAAUAUUUCUAAAAAUUGGUUCUCUGAAUUUUUGUGUAUAUAGUUGUACUUAAAUUGCAAUAUGUUGAGCUUAUUACUUAGUUUUUCUCUUCAUAUCUUUAUUUUCAAGUAACAUAUAAAAAAAUUAUAUUGUUUUCCAAAAAUAUUACCUGUUAAGAGAUGAAAAUUUUAUUUGUUGCAAAUUGAAAAUUUUAUUUGUACUGUCCUGUGUGUAAUUCAUUUUGUAUUUUGAAUGAAAAGUGGACUUUUCUAGGUAUGUAUGAGUAAUAAAUAUUUUUAACUAAUGUCAAGUAAAAAUUGACAAAAUUAUUGAUCUCCAAAACAUUUAGGUAAAAAUGUUCUGUGUCUAUAAUCAAAGUAUUGCAGUUUAUUCCCUAUAUUUCUUCAAAAUUUCAAAACUGUAUUUUAGUCUAAUCUAUUUUCAAUUUUGUAUGCGUACAGAAGCAAGAAUGUUUAAAAUAAAUAAUUAUGUAAUACUUAGUUGCAGCAUUUAGUAUUUAAAAAAAAAUUUCAAUCUAUGCCUGAUUUUUAACUAUUAUCUAUAACUAAUUUUAACUAUUUUUGUUAUUUAUUUCCCAUGUGUAAUAUUUUAGAACACCAGAAUUAUAAAAUCUCAUAUUAGGUUUUUCUAACUAAAAAAUCUCUGAGAUUUUUUAAUUUAGUUUAUAGUAUUGCAUUUAUUUUUUCUAUAACAGCUUUUUGCUUUGAAAGAGAUUUGCUUCCAUAUUACUCUUCCCUUUUAAUGCGAUUAAUAUCUACUUCAAAGUGAAGAUUAAAACCUUAAUCUAAGAUUAAAAUUAUUAAAUUUUCUCUAGAAAAUAAUUCAUAUUGACAAAAUGUUAAAUAAAAUUUUAGACAUUGUUUAUUAUCUAGAAUUAGCUGAAAUAUUAGUUUAGGUUUAAAAAAAAGGUGCUGUAAGCAUAAAAUAUCAUUUUGGCCAAUGUUUCAAAGGUUUGAUGCUCCUUAUAUUUAAUUGUUAUUGUUACUCCUUUUAUUUAAUUUCUUCUCUUUAAAUAAAUGUAUCUUUAAGCAGUAUCUAGAUCUGAUCAACAAUCUGCCUAAAACUGUUUAAAUACUUAAUAAUUAUGUGUGUGUAUUUAUAUAUAUAUAUAUAUANUUACUAUUGAACUUUAUGAGAUUGGUGACUUUUAGGUUCUAUGUGAACUUUGCUUAUUUGGGGGAAUUAUAAACUGGAACCUUGGAAAUAUGAUGCCAAUUGUUUACAUGAAUAUUAAUUGGAUCUUAAGAAUGUUUCAAUAAAUAGAAAGUUUCUUCUUAA